CAUCACAGGACAAGAACCUCAUGCAACAAUGGCAUUCCAUGCAGCGUCACGACGGGCACGCGUCAAAACGAAUAAUAUGCCCGGUACGGGGGAUUUGUUCAGUUCUUGAUUGAUGAAUGAUGACGGGAAGAGGAAGAGAAGGCCAUGAUGAUUCACUGUGGCCUGAGCGAUUUUGCACAACGACAAAAGCAAGAGAAGGAAAAACAGCUUCUAUGGAGAGGAGUAUACCAGAGGAUGAGGGCGAUACAGCCUUGCAGGAUUUCCAAAAUCCCGAUGAUGAUGCUGCGCUGUCGCCGGUCGUGCCUCGGGGUCCGAGCCAGGAACGCCCUUAUCCCAGGCCCGGAAGCUCGAGGUGGUUGAGGAGUAGUCGUAGAGGGUCGCAGAAGGGGACUACGGGCGGUAAUCCUCUUCCCGAGACUUUUCAAAAUCUGGAUGAAGUUGCGGUGCCGGGUCCAAUACCCCAUCCACAGCGACAGUCUUCCCUAUUCGAAACUGAGCGCGAAGGCUCCUUCAGUCAGCGACCCAGGUCGAAACAGCCGGUUGAAGAACAACCGAGUCAUAGGGAAUCGCAUAAGGAAAGCACUGACGAAUUCGCUCUGCCCCAGAGCUUCGAAAACCUCACUGAAGUUGCCGCAGGGCCUCGCGUACCCGAUCGGCACAGGCAGCGCAGUAUAUUCGAGGACGAGCGCGUGGGUUCGCGAGCAACAAGUCUGGGAAUUACGGCCCUUCCUGUACUCCCCCGGCAGCCCCCAGAAGAGAUACAGCCCAAAGACGCAUACUAUGCCGCGAAAGAAACCGAAUCUAGGAGAAGACGGUCACGCAUCGCCACUGAGCUCUACACCAUCUCCUAUCUCAUCCUUUUUUCCAUCUUGGGCGCGUUGGCACGGCUUGGUCUGGACUGGCUGACCUUCUACCCUGGAGCUCCCGUUGUAUUCCCGGUUCUAUGGGCCAACUUCGCAGGGACGCUGGUGAUGGGUUUCCUGAGCGAAGACCAGCGGUUCUUCCGUUAUGCAUGGGGUCGCAAGGCGGAGACGGCGUAUGGAGAAGGCAGUGAUGAGGAAAAAGAGGCCCCAACACCGGCUGAGGCUGCAAAAGCGUUACACAACAAAGUCAAGAAGACAAUACCUCUAUACAUUGGCCUAACGACUGGUUUCUGCGGCUCCUUCACCAGUUUCUCCAGCUUCAUGCGUGAUGCAUUCUUGGCUCUAUCCAACGACCUCCUCACCCCUCUAAAUCACCCGUCUGGCGCACCUCAACCCAGCGUCGCCACCACCGUCCCCCGCAACGGUGGAUACAGCUUCAUGGCCGUCUGCGCUAUAGUCAUCCUUACCGUCGGCCUCUGCCACUCUGCCCUCACAGCCGGCGCCCACCUCGCCAUCUUUGCCGAUCCCGUCACCCCGACCCUGCCCUUCCACAUCCUCCGCCGCUUCGUCGAUCCUGUUUUCGUCUUCCUCGCCUGGGGCCUCUGGCUCGGCGCCAUCGUGAUGGCUAUCUGGACUCCGGACCGGCCUGGAGGACCUGCAAGCUCCGACUCCUGGGCGAAGGAGACAUGGCGAGGGCAAGCCCUUAUGGCGUGCGUCUUCGCACCACUCGGAUGUCUCAUCCGCUUCUACGUUUCCCUCAAACUCAACGGCGUCAUUCCUUCCUUCCCCAUGGGCACCUUUGCCUGCAAUAUAUUCGGCACCGCAAUCCUGGGCAUGGCGUGGGAUCUGCAGCACGUUCGCAUCGGCGGGGCAGGAGUGGCUGGAGGCAGAGUCGGAUGUCAGGUACUUGAGGGGGUGAUGGAUGGCUUCUGCGGGACGCUGUCGACGGUCUCGACAUGGGUCUUGGAGUUGGGGGCGUUAAAGAGAGGUCAUGCGUGGGUUUAUGGGGGAGUGAGUGUGGGGACUGGGUUGGGGUUGCUGGUGGUGGUCAUGGGGGGUGUGAGGUGGAGCGUUGGGUGGGAGGAGAUUGCGUGUGUGACUUAAUUGGAUGGGUUGAUCUUGGGAGUUUUGCAAAUUGUACUUGGAAUAUCACGAUGAUAGACGCCGGUAGAUGGAGUUUGCAGAGAAAUGACUGGGAUAAUGUAUGGUCGGAUUAGGUGUGUAGCAAACAUACUGUGUAGAGGGGCAAUUGGC